UCCUCGUCUCAACGCGUAAAUCCUCAACUUAAAAAAAAACCAUAAUGAAAUUCGUCAUUGUUUUCGCUGCUCUCUUCGCCGUUGCUCUCGCAGCUCCCGGCAACAUCGAUGGUGAAGCUCAGGUUUUGCGUUUCGACUCCGACGUGCAGCCCAAUGGAUUCAACUACGCCUACGAGACCAGCAACGGUAUUAGCGAACAAGCUCAAGCUAAGCUCUUGAACGAAGGUUCAGAUGCCGAAGCCAUCUCUGUCCAAGGUUCAUACUCUUUCGUCGGUGAUGAUGGUCAAACCUACACCGUCAACUACAUCGCCGAUGAGAACGGUUUCCAACCCCAAGGUGCUCAUUUGCCCGUUGCCCCAGAAGCUUAAGUUGUUAAUCUGAUGUCUGACUAAUUUAUUGUUAUUUUACAAAACGAAAAAGAAAAAAUGAAUUGUUGUCCAUCUCCAGUAAUCCUCAUUCAAUUCUUAGUUAAUUGUUUAAG